CAACACCGAGUGUAGUGCAUUUGUAGACUUGCAGAUACAUACAUUCAUAGCUUUUAUCGGUAUCUCAAUAGAAUUGAAAUAUGACAGGAGCUAGAGCAGGAGGCGUUCUGGACUUUGUACUUCUCUGUGGCGAGCUGAAGAGAACAAAACGUACUGGCUGGGUGAACAACAACGUGACACUACCAGAAAGCAUCUCCGACCACAUGCACAGAAUGGGUCUGCUGGCGUUUCUCUGCGAUGAUAAAACUCUCGACAAGACAAGAUGCGUGAAAAUUGCAAUGGUACACGAUCUGGCAGAAGCGAUUGUAGGCGAUAUAACACCUUACGACGGUGUAAGCAAAGAGGCCAAAGAAAAGAUGGAAGAUGAUGCCAUGAAGUCAAUAUGGACGGAAACCUUGCAAGACUCUGAGGCUGGCAAAGAGCUGUACGAAUUAUGGAGAGAAUACGAAGACGCCAGCACUCCCGAGGCGCUAUUUGUCAAAGAUCUAGAUAAAUUUGAGAUGAUCUGCCAGGCGUUUGAAUAUGAGAAGGCAGAAAAUCGUCCCGGUGGAUUGCAAACUUUCUUUGACGGUACGGAAGGUGUGUUUAGCACUCCCCAGGUCAAGUCGUGGGUUGAAGAGCUCAAAUCGAGACGGAAGGGCGAGUAGUAUUUAUAUAAUAAAUAUAUACAAUUGCAAUUUUUUAUACGAGAAAUGGCUGGUGGGAAAGACAGU